AUGGAUGCGGACAACAUUUGCUUCAACGAGGCGAAGGAGGCCACCGAUCAGAUGGUGCUACGUGAGUUACAAGAACACGUGGCUGUGGGAACCAAGCCCCAAGGACACUUUCUCGACAUCCUCCACGACGUACCCAAAGAGGACAUAGACACCGGCAUGUUGAAGGGCAUCUUCAAGGACAAAGCUUGGGGUGAUGUACCCUAUGCUCGCAAAAUAAACGGACAUCCCAACUUCGACUACGAAUCUCAGUUCUUCAUCCUUACUCAGAGUAAUGACAAGCUCACCAUCGUGAAGCAUUUCUUCUUAACCAAGGAUAUGGAAAAGCGCCUAUGCGAGCUCCGACGGGUAUUUGUGGAAAAAGAGAAGAAGAAGAUUGUCUUCGGAGAUGGCAAGAAUUGGAAAGAUGUUGAAGCAGACACCUGGGACAACAUUGGUACCUAUUUGCGCGUGAUCAUUGAUGAAGCGACCUUCGACAAGCGCGAUAUCUCUAACGAGCUGGACUUCAAGCUUCUCAUGAGGAAUAAGAACAUUAGCAUCAUGUGGGAGCAAGGGCUGGGUGUAUUCAAAGAGGACAUCCACAGAGCGAUCCGUCGUAUCGAGUGGAAACAAAUCGGCACCAAACUGUUGAAGGAGUCAUUCAUGAUCGAUGAUCGUGUCGUCCAUUGCCGCAUCCGCGUGAAAAAGAACGGGAAGUACACCUGGAUGCAGCCUAAGUACGUUUCCAUUGUGAAGCACACCCUGCCGAAGAGCAAGAAGAUUUUGUUUGUGAAAUCGGGCACUCAAGUGAUCGACAGAUGUUGGCGGGUUUUGAAAGACCGUAUCCAUAUCAACCAGCACAGCAAAGCUGGCUCGCAUUUGCUUCGGGCGAAGCUCCGAGCAGCGCAAUACGAAUAUUGGUACCGCAACACAGACUUGUGGAUCAAGUGCGGUGAACUGUGUGCCGAUCACAUGAAACAGCUCACGUAG